AUGCAAACCCAUGAGAUAAUGAUAAGAUGUAUUGAAGAAUAUCCAGUUGAAAAUAUCAGUGAAAUAAGGUUUUUCUUAAAUAAUGCUGAUUUAAGAGAUGAAGAAAUAGAAGAGAUAAUAAGGUUAUUAACUCAGAUGGCUAUGAGAGCUGAUAAAGAGAGUUUAAAAUGUAUUACUCUUUAUACUCAUUUGUUAAUGGAACGACUCAUUACAGAAACACAAUUUGUGAGACAUCCAAUAAAACAUGAUGGAUGGAAGAAAUUACGACUUGAUUCUUCCUUUAUGAAUAGUAAAAUGCUUAAAAUGCCUGUUGAUAUACAAAUAUUUUUGUCAAAAUUCUUUGAUAAAGAAGAAGUUAUGAAGAGGAUGAAAAGUAAUGACAUAGACAUUUCAUUAAAGAAAAGAAUUACAUCUCUUAUUCAAUGGUAUCCUAAAGAAAUGCAGUGUGUUGAAAGUCCAGAUUAUAUGAAGAUUAAUGACAUGAUAGUCAAAGAAAAAAAUAAUGAGAAUUACCAAAUAAGUCUCAAAGAAUUAUAUACAGUAGAUGGUUUGGAUGAAAUGAAACUUGUUGGGUUAUUGUUAGUUUAUGGAAUUGUUCAUAACAAAAAAGCAAUACUUGAAGAGAUGGAUCAUUUAAUUCAACAUCUAGUUAAUAGACCAUUAGGAAUUUAUUUUACAAAAUAUUUUGUUCAAACAUUAAGAAACUAUAAAGAAGAAAUUUGUCAAGAAACAAUGGAAUUUAUUGAGAAUGGAAAUGCCAUUAAAACAAUAAUACAUUCUUUAGGAGAAAGUCUUAUUUUACUCAAACCAUAUAAUGCAAAGUCGAUAUUUUAUUCACUAAUUCAAUUAUUUCCAAAGACUAGUAUUCAAGAGAUAUUAAAAAUAAGUCAAGUUAUUGAUUUUAAUGAUGAUAAUAUAUUUUUAGUACAAAUUGGAGUUAUUAAUAUCUUUGUAUUGAUGAUUCCAGAAAUGAUUAAAAUGUCUCAUGAAGAAAUGACAAAUAUUAUUCAAUUGAUUUCACAAUUCAUCAUAAAACAUCAGAACAUAAAAAUUAUUCAAUUAUUUUGUGAUUUCAUUUAUGCAUCAUGGAAAUUAAUACAACAAAAAGGAAUAUAUGAAACAAUCAUUUAUGAAGUUAUUGUCACAACCACCAAAAAUAUACUUGAAGGAAUUAUUCCAGUAAAUGAUAAGAAUAGAAAGAACUUAUCAAACAUUUAUUUAUUAUUAUUCAGUGAAAAACAUGAAUAUUGUCAAAGGAUCUUGAAUAUGGUUAUUGACAAAUGUAUAGAGAAAAAUAUUGACAUGGAACAUAUUCAGUAUAUCUUUAUUGGAUGCCAUCAAUCUAUGAAAUGGUCUAAGAAAAUUACACAAUUUUGUAUUGAAGAAUUAAUAGAAAAGAAAGAAAUUAAAGAAGAAAAUACAAAGAGAAGUAUUAUGUUAUUAAGACUAUUAAAAAGUGGGAUGAAUAAAGAAAUGAUUAUCAAGAAUGAAGAAAUUUAUUAUCAAAUAUUUGAUUCAUUUAUAAAAUACGAUAUAUUAAAAACAGUGAUUGAUGAAGUAAAAGGUAUUUUCAUUGAUACAUUACUAUAUUCCUAUAAUAAAGAUAAAAAUGAUUAUAGAUUGAUUGAAAUAUUUCAUAGAUACAUAAAACAUUGUAUUACAUCACAUUUAGAUUGUUUAUAUAAUUUUGUAAUGAACGUUUGUAUUGAUAAAGAACACCAAACAUAUAUUUAUCAAGAAGUACAAAAAAUUAAAAUUGACCAAACAACAUUGUAUUUCAUGAAUAAAUGCUUUAAGGAUGAAUUACAGAUAUUAAUUGAACGAAUGACAAUUAUAGGAAGGAAAUUAAGUUCAAUGAAACAAGAAGAAAAGUUACAAGAAUUAUAUUAUAGUAUUGUUGAGAAUUGUAUUAAGAGAAAUCCUCAGAACACUCUUAUUGAUGAAGGAAAUAUGUUAAUUACUAAUGAAAUUUAUAAUAUUAUUAAUAGAGAUUUUAUUUCUAUUGAAUUAAGUGAAAUGAAUGAAGAGAUAGAAUGUCUUGACAGAAUUUUUGAAAUAUAUUUAAUUCUAAGUAAAGAAUUAAAUAAACCAAUAACUAAUAAAAGUUUAUUAACUACAAAACAAAAGAAAUUAAACUCUAUUCCAAUUGAAUAUUUUAUUGGAGGAAAUAUUUUUAAUAAUAGUGUCGGUUAUUUAAUUCAAAGAAUUGAAGAUAUAAACAUUAAAAAAGUAAUUCAUUUGAUGAAAAAAGACACUUUGGGUGUGAUGGAUGAAACAUCAAUGAUUGAAAUGUUAUUGAAAUCACUCAAUAAUCAAUACAUUUGUUCUAACCUCACAAAUGGAUUCAAAGUAUUCAACCAAUUGAUUAGAUGUAUUCCAUUAACAUUUAAUAACAUGAACCAAUUAUUUAAUUCAAUAAACCAAUAUUGUAAAACAAAAAAAGAAUUAUUGGUUGAUGAAAACAUUUACCAAUUCAUUGAUUAUAGUCUUCAAAUCAAUAAAGAAACAAGUGCUGCUGUAUCAUUUAUACUAUUAAUGACUGUUUCAUUAGUAAUUAAUUCAAUUGAAAAACAACCCCAUUCUAAAAUCAUAAAUAAUGAUAGAAAUGAAUUUAUCAAAGAAAAUAAUGAAAUAAUGAACAUUAUAUAUUGUGGAUAUAAUGAUGUAUUUGAUUCAUAUAAAAUUAAAGUAAUUGACAAUGAAAUUCAUAAUAAUAAAAUUAAUGAAAUUCUUCAAAAACAUUGUACUCAUCAAAUGCUUGAAAAAUGUAUUGAAACACCAUUCAUCUAUGACUGUCAAAGAACUAUUCCAUUAAAACAAAAUAUAUUUAUAAUAUUAUAUCAUUUCUUCACAUUCAAAGAAGUUAAAAAUAUUAUUGAAGUAAUUACUAACAAGUAUGAACCAGAAAACAAAGGGAAAUUCUACAUUCUUCAAGGACUUAUUGCAGGAAUUAAAUCAUUUGGAAUAGAAGAAAGAUUAGAAUGUCAAGAAUAUAUUUUAAGUCAUUGCAUAGAUUGGCUUCAAGUAAUAAAUUCAGAUCAUGAAAAUAUAAUGCAUAAUUUCAUUAAGAAUGAUUAUACUUUAUUAAAAGAAAUCUAUUCAAGAUGCAUUAAAAGUAUUAUUAAAGGAAAUUAUAACAAAACAAUCAUUCUCUUUGUAAUCAAAUAUAGUUUUUGUAACUAUUCAUUGAUUGAAACAACAAUUAGUACAUUGUUUAAUGGAACAGUAAUUUGUGGAUGUUAUAAAGAAGACAUCAGUAAAUUCAUUCAUAUAUUAAUAAAUGAUAACCGAUUUAACAAACUAAUUAUCAAAUUACUCCUCCAAAUACUAAAAGAUAACAAUAAAUCAACUUCUAAUACUACUCUCAAUGCUAAUAUAAAUGUUAUAUUCAAUGCUCUUCAUAUAAUUAAUAGUAAUACUAUUGAACUUUGUAUUGAAACUAUUCAUACUUUGAGUAAAUUAUAUCCAUUUGAUAAUUCUAAAAUAUUAAAACCAAUUAGUAUGGUAAAGAAAGAAGUUCAAUCCCAAUUUGUUGAGAAGAUUCAACAACUUUAUUUUGAUUCUGAUAAAAAUGGUAAACUGUUAGUGCUUGAUACUUUGUGCUCAAUGAAUAAUUUGGAUUUUGUAAGUCAACUUAACUUUGAUAAAAUGAUGAACACAAAUAACUUUAUAGUUAAUUCUUGUUGUUCUGAUCUUAUGACACAUUAUAUUCAAAAAACAAAUGACAUUGAAUUUUGUGAAAAGAUUACUGAAAAGCAAUUAGAUAAUAAUAUUAGUAAUGAACAUCUUUAUAUUACAGCAUUAUCAUGCAUUGUACUAUCUCGAACACUCUUUAUUAACAAUUCAAUUAAAAGUGCAGUUCAUCAACUUCUUCAUUUUAAACCAAAGAAUAGUCAAAUUAAGAAAUAUUGUAAUAAUACCUUAAUGUCAUUUAGAAGAAAGUUUGGUCAAUUAUUAAAAUAUGACAAAAGUAUAUUUUCAGAAGAUGAUAUGGAAUUAUUAAGUUUACAAUCUAUUCCAUGGUACAUGGCUUAA